CCAACAUCAUGGCCAGCACCCUGGCAGUGAGUGGCAGCAACUGGUGGUGCUCCGAUGUCCUCCCUCUUGUGGGCCUCUCACUUGCACAAUUCACGCAGAAUAAUGCGGCCAUUGACUGCAGUCGUCCUUUGCCUCGUAACGUGGUGCUUUUGCUGGGGGUUUCUCUCCUCGUUCCCUGCACUGCAUUCUUCUACACCAUCAGCAGCGACACAUGCUGGUCCAUCAGUACGCAGCUGGGCCUCACCAGCAGCAACCUCACUGCUCUCAAUCCCUGCCUCGACUGCUCUGAGUCCAUCAAGGCGGGCCGCUCUCUGUGCGUCGAGCGCAACGCCACCUUCGCUUUCACCGUCCCUCAGUGCUCACGAUACGGCGUGCUCACACCACAGGACACCUGCGAGCGCCUGCUGCGGCAGGUGGCGGGGGGUGAGGGCGACCCAACAGGGGCUGGGGAGGUGAAUGCCAUGCGCUGGGCUGAGCUGUACCGCAACAAUCCCGGCCUCAUCUGCUCCGAUGUCAUCCCGAUCACCGCCUCUGCUGUUGGCAGCAACACUGGCAUGCAG